GCCGAGUCGCGGCUCUAGAUGACGCAUUGUCAACGGCCUCCACCGAGUCUCCUCUAGAUCGAGCGCACCAAUGGGCGCGCGGGCAUCCUAACCUCCGAGCGGUGCGUAACCGUGAGUUGCACAAAUACGAGGUGGACGAUGAGUAUCUGAGCGGUAACCCGGAGAGCUCUCAUCCUCCCGCUGUCGGACACCGUGAGCGAGAGCGGUCGCGUCUAGUGGAACUCGAGAUCGGCAGCGGACAGCGCGAUGGGCGUGCCGAGCGGCAGGAACGUCGAGGCGAUGGACGUGGACGCGAACCCGGCGAGCGCGUCGGACGCGCAGAACGGCGAGGGUGACGGCGCGGGCGAGCGCCGCGACACCGACAUGCAGACCGUGUGCGACAUCCGCGAGCACACGCGGCAGAUCGAGAAGGCGGUGCAGAACAAGGAGCCGCGAUUCGUGCUGCGCGCACUGCGCGCUCUGCCCAACACCCGCCGUCGUCUCAACCCGGUCGUGCUACGUGGCCUCGUCACGGGCUUCUACACCAAGUCCGUGGCCGAGCGCGACGCCCUGCUCGCCUGGGUGGAGGAGCCGAUGGACGUGGACGACUGCCAGGCGGUCACGCAGAAGUUCCGCAGCUCCUCGUCGUCCCUGCUGCCCGAGAUCGACGGCUACAUCCACCUGCUGGUGCUGAUCCGGCUGAUCGACACCGGCAAGUACAACGAGGCGGUGCAGUGUUCGGAGCAGCUCGUCCAGAAAAUCGGCGCGCAGAACCGCAGGACCAUCGACCUGAUCGCCGCCAAGUGCUACUUCUAUCACUCGCGCGCGUACGAGCUGACGGAUCAGCUGGACAAGAUCCGCGGCUUCCUGCAUCUCCGUCUGCGCACCGCGACCCUGCGCAAUGACUUCGAGGGCCAGGCGGUGCUGAUCAAUUGCCUGCUGCGCAACUACCUGCACUACAAUCUCUACGACCAGGCGGACAAGCUGGUGCUCAAGUCGACCUUCCCCGAGUCGGCCAGCAACAACGAGUGGGCUCGCUUUCUCUAUUACCUCGGCAGAAUAAAGGCUGCCAGGUUGGAGUACUCGGCAGCGCACAAGUAUCUGGUGCAGGCGAUGCGCAAGGCGCCGCAGACCACGGCGGUCGGGUUUAGGCAGACGGUGCAGAAGCUGGCGGUCGCCGUGGAGCUUCUCCUCGGCGACAUCCCGGAGAGGCAGAUAUUCCGGCAGGCCGCCCUGCGCCGCGCCCUCGCCCCGUACUUCCAACUCACGCAAGCGGUGCGUCUCGGCAACCUGCAGCGCUUCGGCGAGGUCCUGGAGAACUUCGGGCCGCAGUUCCGCGCGGACCACACGUUCACGCUGAUCCUACGGCUGCGGCACAACGUCAUCAAGACCGCGAUCCGUUCGAUCGGCCUCUCCUACUCGCGCAUAUCGCCGGCCGACAUCGCCCGCAAGCUAGGACUCGACUCCAGCGUUGACGCGGAGUUCAUCGUCGCCAAGGCGAUCCGGGAUGGAGUGAUCGAGGCGACCCUGGACCCGGAGAACGGCUAUAUGCGCAGCAAGGAGACCACGGACAUCUACUGCACCAAGGAGCCGCUGCUGGCCUUCCAUCAGAGAAUCACUUUCUGCCUGGACCUGCACAAUCAGAGUGUAAAGGCGAUGCGCUACCCGCCCAAGUCCUACGGGAAGGACUUGGAGUCCGCGGAGGAGCGCAGGGAGCGGGAGCAACAGGACCUGGAGCUGGCCAAAGAGAUGGCCGAGGAGGACGACGACGGUUUCCCUUGAAUCCGCGAAUCCACCACGUCCGCAGACCACGGGCGAGAUCGGAAGAGAGCGUGGCGCCGCGGAGUCACUCCAGAAGACAUUUUGCGUGCUUUUCUAACGUUAAAUGAAUUUGUAGUCACAUCUGUGGACCGACGGGGACUAAUAAGGGCGUGACGUUUACGAAAUACACGCCCGCAUUCGUGAACGUUAAUGACACUUGAGAGAUAAAAAAUAUAAGUCAUGAGUUUGUAACACGAAGCGAAAGCUAUGCCUGCAGUCGAUUUAACUAAGUAACUUCUCGAUAUUGUUGUUAUUAUAUCAGAAAUCUUACUUCCGACUGAUUCUAACAAAUUUCUCCUACCGCAUAAUUAAGAAUGUAAGAGCGAAAGUAAAAAUAUAAGAGCAAUUACAUAUACGUGGA